CAGAAACUGCUAGGACAGGAUCAGCACUACAAUAUUUCUGUUCUCCUGCCUUUGUUUUACGGCAUUUUUACAGCUCACUUGUUACAAAGAGGAAAAUAUCUAUUAAAAAAAAGAAAGUGAUGAAGUGCAAAUACCUGUCUGACAUGCUCUGUGCUCUGUUCCCUGCUGCUGAGAACUGUGAUAAGUUAGUUCUGCUGCCUUGCUCUGUUGGCUGAAAAUGACUGGUGAUGUGAAAAUGAUGAUAAAGCUUCCAGAUGUUUGGUAUUUUUUUAGACCGGUAAUACCUUAUUUUGCUUAAGCUUUAUUUCUUUUCUAUGUGUACAUACAUGGCUCAAAGAAUGUGCACUUGAUCCUUCCAUGCAUCCCCAGUGCAUGUCGUGUGUGGACAACAGGAAGAGCUAAAGUUGCAUCCUUACUGUGAAAAUCCACAGAAAGCCCAUUCCACAAAUCAGCUUUUUUACCAGGACACUUACACUACCAGGACAUUGAUAAUCAUCCAGAUGCAGAGAUUGCUUUGGUACUUCUUUUUUUACUUUGAUAUCAUCUUACAAGCUCUAGCAUGAAGAUAGCUAUAAAGCAGCUGGAGAAUGGAAAAUAUCUGUUAAAAAUCAAAUAUGACAUGUUCAUCAUGGAUAGGAAUGUCCUUCUCAGUUAUACAACUGCUGUUCUGUAUUUUAACUGCAUUUACAAGACUUGUCUUGUUACCUUCUUGGGAGUUCACACUCCCAAGGUUAUUUGACACUCCCUCAGGCUAUAAAUUAUGGGCAUUUGCCUACUGAAGUGUGAUUUAUUAUUUUUAUAAAAAUGCCCAGCCCUUACAUCCUGUGUUUAGCUGGAAAGUAGCUUCUUUGUGCACCAAGACUUUAAAUUGUGAGCAGCCAUUUACUUACUGCUUUUACUUCUUUGGAUCGUGUUGUUCAAGGGUCUCGGUUCACUCCUCUCACCAUGAAGAGUUUUGUUCUCCUUUUCCUCGUUGUGAUCUGUGGCAUGGGAGGACUGGGACAGAAGCUGAAGCCAAAGAAAAGAAGCAAUGGUGAAGAAAUCAAAUUUCGGACUAAAACCAAAGAUGUUUGCACAAUAACCACGAGUGGUGAUGACGAGGAGAUGGAACUUAGAAUUGAAUGCAAAAGCCAAGGCAUGUCCUACUGGUGUGAAUUCACUGGCAAGCCAUCAGUCUGUCGUGCUUUCAGAAAUAAUCCAAAGAUUUACUGGAAUCAGAUCGCUGCAGAACUCAGAAAGGUCCCGCACGCUUGCGAAUCCAUGGAAGUGUUGAAGACCACCAUGUGCCAAAAGGCUCCCCCAGAGGCUCUCAUGAGGCAAAUAGCUGCUGGUAUGGAGCCAGAAGAUCUAGCAAACCAGGAAAAAUCAGUCCAGAAAGCUUCCAUUCCUAUGAGAGAAGCAGGGCAAAACUCUGACCUAGCUCUACAUGGUCAAGGGUCUGAAAAUGAAACAGAAGCAAUGAAACUGGCACGGGAACACUGCUGGGAAUCUCUGCAUGGUGUCUGCUCCUACAUCAUUGGCAUCCUUAGGGGUUAAGGAUUUGCUUCAGAGCAGUGGUAUUACAGCUGAAGAAGGGUCCUUGCUGCAUUGUAAUAAUUUAGACAUAAGAAUUUUGGUUAAAAAUCAGUAAUUUCUAUAAUUUUUUUAGCUGUUUCCUUUUUAAAGAAAAUAGAAACUUUUUAACACCUCUGAAAAAUUCACAAAACUGGAGUGACUGUGCUCAAAGUAUUAGGAUGAACUAACUGCCCUUAGGCUUGUUACACACCCAGGUGUACUGCAUUUAUGUAACCUUGGAUCUGCUUGACCUUGCAUAGGUUUUUGUGUGUAUUGACUUGCUUCAGUUUGUUAGAGAUGAAAGCUGUUAAUGAUGAUACAGUUAGUGCAAACAAUAAAAAUAUGAUUUUUUGAAAA